AACCGAUUAAACACAGCUCAUACAUAAGUAUAUAUGUAAAGUUAAUCAUAUGUUUACUUCAAACAACAUCACAAGUUGCAACCUAUAGAGGCGAUCGAAGAAGGUUUUAAUUAAACAAGCGCGGGCAAAACUCUUCCCUAAGUAUAAAAUACCCCAAAGAUAUUUCUGAAUGCUGAAAUUGGAAUUGAAGGCCAGCAAAAAACAAAGCAUUAUAUUUGACAGUCAACAAAUCGCGGUAACGUAGCAAUACAUACGCUAGUUUGUGGUUUAGUAGUUGUCAAGAAACCUGAUCGUGGCAGAACAAAAACAGUUUGCAUCAGCGCAACAUUCCCAAGGCUUAUGUGAGUAAUACAUUAGAUUGCAGUGACUUAGUUCGUGAAAGCUAUGAGCACAUCAAUCAUUGCCAAUUUGUGCAUCUACAUUCUUACCUGGAAUGUAGGAACUCAUCAUCCGGGGGACAUUUCUAUGACAGAAGUUUUGUCAUUAAAUGGAACAACUUCGUGUCCAGACCAGCAAUUGCCGGAUAUCUACGUUGUGGCAUUGCAGGAGGUCAGUACUGAUGCCAAAAAUCAGAUCCUCAACAUCUUCAAUGAUGACAAAUGGACAUUUAAAAUAAGCGAGCAUCUCGUCCCUCACGAUUAUAUUAAGGUAGGGACGGAACAGUUGCAGGGAAUACUCAUAAUGCUCUUUGCGCAACCCAAGCAUGAACCCCAUAUGAAAGAUAUUGAAGUUCAGAGCACACGCACCGGUUUAGGUGGAUUUUGGGGUAACAAAGGGGCUGUAAGCAUUCGAAUGAGUCUCUAUGGUACGGGUGUGACAUUCGUUGGCUCGCAUCUAGCUGCACAUGACAACAAGUUGAGUGAACGUAUUGAAGACUACAAUCAAAUAGUGAAUAAUCAUCACUAUAAAACUCCAAAAUAUCGUAGCAUUUUCGAUCAUGAUUACGUUUUCUGGUUUGGUGAUCUCAAUUUCCGCUUAACCGGAACUGAUUCCGCAUGGGAUGUGCGCUCAAUGGUGGAGCAAGGCAAGCUGGAUGAGUUAUUGGAACGUGAUCAACUAUCGUUGGUGCGCUCGACAGGCAAUGCAUUCGCACUACUCACCGAACAGUUGCCCACUUUUCCACCCACUUUCAAAUUUAUCGAAGGUCAAUCCGAAUACGAUUUGAAGCGACGUCCAGCAUGGUGUGAUCGCAUCUUGUAUCGUGUGCAAGAGAAUCGUUAUCCUGAUAUAACAUUGAAUAUUACACAAAUAUCGUAUAAGUCGCAUCCGGAGUAUAUUCUCUCCGAUCACAAACCCGUGUCGGCUGAAUUUCUCUACAAAAUAGAGGCACAAACACAGACAGACGAGGAGCUGUACGAGCUAACACAUGGUGGCGGCAGUACCGAAACGCCUUUAGCAAGUGUAACUAUCUUAUUUGUUACAGCUUUGUUGACAUUCUACUAAAAUUUCGCAACGCAACUUGUUUGUUUUAAUUUUUUCUUGUUUGUCUAUCUGCAGCUCGAUAGCGAAAAUGCUCAGCUAGCGCCAUUGUAUUAAAGAAAAACAAAAACGUUACAAAACAAGAUAUUUUAAACGACAAGGCUGAUAAGCAGAGCCAAGUGUUUGAAAGCGUGAGAAGAGCCAUGGGCCCAGCAAGUAAAACAUAUGCCAAUAAAUUUUGUUUUUAGUCUCAAAUUUGGUUGUAUUACAAAAAAAACGUCCACUUUUUGUUAUUGUACACUAUUACAUAGCUUGAUUACAUGAAUCUCAUUUUUGAGUGAGAUAUUUAAAUUUUACUUAUUUCUCUUUAAUGCUUGCUCCACUGUAAAGUUUCUGAUUAACAUACGUAUGUAUUUGUAUUUAAUUAUGUAAGAUGAUUGUUACUUAUAAAGUUACAUUAUUAAACAAGCUUUAAAACGACAGCAAUACUAAUAGUACCUUAAGAUAAAUUAAACGAAUGUACAUACAUUUAUAACUAAAGCUUUCUGACAAGCUGCGUUCGUAUAGAAAUUUAAAGUUACUCGAAUAAAACUCGAAAAUUUGUGCUACACACUACUAUUGUGUAUACUCUAUAAAAACUGCUUGCAUACAACAACGUGCAUGUGAAAACUUUAUUAAGUAAGCAAGUGUAGUUAACAGUAUUUAAAGUAUAAGCAGAUAUUCAAGAAUUAAUUGCUCAGCUAAUGAAAAAUGUUGAAAUAUAGCACUAUUAUAUUUUAAUAAGAAACCAUAAAAAAUUGCCUUUACACGAAAAAUUGUCACAUAUCAAAAAUCGAUCAAAUGUAAAGUCUCGAUAUGUUCACAUGUAAUUGUAGAAUAAAGCAGUCGAAGUAGCGCGUUAUUUUUAUAUAUACUCAUUUACAUUUCUAAAAAUAGUAAAGUUAAACAAAUUUGUAUGUACACAUAUUUUAAAAAAUAAAAACAGAUAUA